UAAUUUUCUAUUGAAAUGUGGGCAAAAAGUUGAUGAAAAAGAUUAACCCCUUUGUUUGAUGCGGUUGCUAGGUUUGCAGCUUCAUUCUUUGUGAAUUUUGGGUGCACCCCAUAAGGGCAAGAGCAAAAGAGAGUCCAGAAGCCAUGGCAGAAUUUUCUCUCAUCAGAAAUGAUGUGUAUACCGAAGAUGGGACUGUGGAUUUUCGUGGAAACCCAGCAAAGAGAAAUGCAACAGGAACCUGGAAAGCCUGCCCUUUUAUUCUAGGGACUGAAUGCUGUGAGAGGUUGGCAAAUUAUGGGAUAAGCUCAAAUCUGGUGAUUUAUUUCAAGACUCAACUAAACCAGACGAGUGCUGCUGCUACGAAAAAUAACUCGAAUUGGAGUGGAACUUGCUACCUUACUCCAUUGCUUGGAGCUUUUCUGGCUGAUGCCUAUUUGGGAAGAUACAAGACUAUUGCCUCGUUCUCAAUCAUUUAUAUCAUUGGGAUGACACUUUUGACAAUGUCAGCAUCAGUCCCGGGCAUGAAACCAACCUGUGUUAGCAAAGAUAGUUGCCAUGCAAAUGGUGGACAAACUGCAGCAAUUUUCAUAGCGCUUUACCUAAUAGCACUGGGGACGGGUGGGAUUAAGCCGUGUGUCUCGUCCUAUGGUGCAGACCAGUUUGAUGAUGACGAUGAGGUUGAAAAGAAGCACAAGGGUUCUUUCUUCAAUUGGUUCUAUUUUUCCAUCAAUGUUGGUGCUUUGAUUGCUAGUUCUCUGCUGGUGUGGAUACAAGACAACGUGGGUUGGGGAUUGGGUUUCGGUAUUCCAACAGUGUCAAUGGCAAUUGCUGUGCUGAGUUUCUUUGCUGGGACUCGGUUGUAUAGGAAUCAGAAGCCUGGAGGUAGUCCUCUGACGCGCAUAAUUCAGGUGGUUGUGGCGUCCAUUAGAAAAUGCAAGGUGAAAGUACCGGAAGACAUUUCCCUUUUGUAUGAGACUGAAGAUGCAGAAUCUUCCAUCCAAGGAAGCCGCAAGCUUGAUCACACAAAUGAAUUUAGGUUCUUUGACAAAGCAGCAGUGGAGGUACAAGAUGACCAUUUAAAGGACUCGAAAAGCCCAUGGAGACUCAGUACAGUUACCCAAGUAGAGGAGCUAAAAUCAAUCAUAAGGCUGCUUCCCAUAUGGGCCACUGGUAUCAUCUUUGCUGCAGUCUACAAUCAGAUGAGCAACUUCUUUGUGUUGCAAGGCACCCUCAUGGAUAUUCGUGUCGGCCGCUCUAACUUUGAAAUCCCAGCAGCAUCUCUUUCCAUCUUUGACCCCCUAAGUGUCAUUUUUUGGGUCCCAAUAUACGAUCGAAUCAUUGUCCCAGCAGCUAGAAAAUACACCGGUCACAAAAAUGGCCUAACUGCACUCCAGAGGAUGGGCAUUGGCCUCUUCAUCUCCAUAUUCUCCAUGGUCUGUGCUGCAGUUUUGGAACUCAUCAGACUCCGAAGUGUUCGACAGAACAACUAUUACGAAUACGAGCACAUGCCCAUGUCAGUCUUUUGGCAAGUACCUCAGUAUUUCCUCAUGGGGGCUGCAGAAGUUUUCACAUUCAUAGGACAGCUGGAGUUUUUCUAUGAUCAAGCGCCGGACGCCAUGAGGAGUUUGUGUUCUGCUCUCGCACUCUCCACCGUUGCACUAGGAAACUACUUCAACUCUAUUCUUGUCACCAUCGUUACCAAAGCAACUACAAAGAACGGCAACCCUGGAUGGAUACCGAACAAUUUGAACUACGGACACCUGGAUUAUUUCUUCUCGCUAUUGGCAGUGCUGAGUGUUUUCAACCUAGGAGUAUACCUCUUCAUUUCCAACUGGUACAAGUAUAAAAAGACCGUCGGGACUCUGGAUUGAUAUUGAAAAGAAUUGAUACCAUAAGAGGUUGUUUCUGUUCUGUGAUGAUUUUUAGGUUUUACUUUGGUUUUCAAUCGCUUCACUACCAAAAAAAAAAGGGGCUUGCCCUACAAACAUUUGCGCGACGGAAGGUAUUUCGACGGGUAAAUAAACUUUACCCAACGGAUAAUUCAAUUGGUAGGGCGAAGACGGUAAACAGUUAGGGUUUAUUUAAAACUUUUACCCGACCGACUGGUCGAAGAUAUAGUCUCAUGUUA